AAAAGUUGCACAUGAUGUAUGCGGUUCACCUUCAAAAUGCAAGGUUCAUUUUACUUUCUACCGCUUGUUGAUUUUCUUGUGAUAAGAAUUUUAGUUUAUGCUUUUGUUCUUCCUACUUGCUCAACAACAACAAACAAGAACAAUGACAAAAAAAAAAAAAACAUAUGAUAAACAUUUUAUUCCGAUCUUAGAUAAAACUGAUUUCCGGUUCACCCUUUAUUCAAAUCGCUGGAGCGUAAACGAGAUACUGGCUUGAUCACAAACUUGUUCAUGCCUAAAAUAUUCGAAAUAUCCUUAAUUAUAACUUUCAGUUUUAAUUCUUCGUGUCCUUUACUCUCCAGUCACUGUAACUCCCAAGGGAAAAAAAUGGUUUACAUGAUUUAACCGGUACGAAAAAUUAGCGUGAUUAGUGCAUAGUGUGGAUUAGAGUGUAAAAAAGUUCAAAUGGUGUGUAACAUAAAGGAUUGAUUGAUAAGAAAGAACUAAAGUCAAGAACACACAUAAUAAAAGGAACAGACAAAAACCAUUACACAAAAGAGGAAAAGUCACACGAAUAUUAGCACGCCAAUGUCUCUCUUCUUUGGCCUUUUAUAUGAAAUAAUUUACUAACUAUAUUAUUAUUUUUGGUUAGGAAACAAGAGUAAUCAUGAUCAUCAUCUUCCCAUGCUUCUAUCAUCAUUCACCCAAUUUUCUCAUCCACCACUACACCGAUCAUUUGCUUUUCUGCUGUUACGAAAAAUCAUUUAAACCUAUACGUUAGAACGGUCAUAUGCUACUUUAAUAGUUAUAUCAUGUCUUUCUGUAUAAAGGUAAAAGAGAACUCUGACUAAUGAAGUGUAAGUGUUUAUAAUGUCUGUCUACAAAACACACAUCCCCACCAAGUCAAACUCUCUUUUCUCUUUACUCUUCUCCAUUUCCUCCUCAACCCUAAGAUCUCUUGAUCCUCUCAUGGAUUCAUUCUCCAUAAUCAUCAUCAUUCUCUUCACACUUCUCUUAUCAUUCCACCAUUCUGACUCUCAAACUGCCCAAUCUACACGUCUUUUAGAUCUCAUGAUCAGAGACUACACCAUUAGAAACUUUAAGCUUAAUCUCAACACAGGCACCAUACAGAAAAUCCAUCUCCCUUCUAAUUUCUCCGGUAUAGAUAUCGACACGGUUAAGUUAAGGUGCGGGAGCUUGAGAAGAUACGGUUCAAGAAUCGGUGAGUUUCACAUGGGCGCUGGCGUGACGGUGGAGCCAUGCCCGGAGAGAGUCAUGCUGGUUAGACAAAACCUCGGUUCAAAUUGGUCUUCAAUCUACUCUACCGGUUAUAACCUAACCGGUUACAAUUACCAGCUCGCAUCACCGGUUCUUGGUCUGUUAGCUUACAACGCUAACCCUGACGGUGUGGCCACGAACCCUUACGAGGUUAACGUUGUUGGUACCGAUCAAAACCCAAUAUUGAUCGAUUUCUUGAAGAUCACGGCAAGUGAUAACCCUAAGCCAACGAAGAUGAACUCAUCAGUCUUGUGUGCGUGUUUCACAAGCAACGGUAGCACAACGUUUAGUGAUCAAGUAUCACCUUAUGUUUGUAAAGGAACAAGACAAGGGCAUUACGCUCUAGUGGUGAAGACAGAAGCUAGAGGAAAAGAUAUUGACAGUAGUGGUGGUGGGAUGGUGACGCCGUCGACGGAGGUGGACGGCGGCAGCGGAGGAGGAAAGUUGAGCCGGUGGAAAGUAGCGGUGGGGAGUGUGAUUGGGUCGGGGAUUGGAGCGAUUCUGUUAGGGUUGUUGGUGGUGGCGAUGUUGGUGAAGGGGAAGAAGAAAGCAGAGAGAGAAGAAAUGGAGAGGAGAGCUUAUGAAGAAGAAGCUCUUCAGGUUUCAAUGGUUGGUCAUGUUAGGGCUCCUACUGCUUCUGGAACUAGAACUCUUCCUGUAAUGCCCGAUGAUAGGUAUAAAAACACUCAUUUGAAUCAUCAUCGAUAAAAACAAAAAUUAAUUUGUUUUCUGAUUUUCCCAAAAUUUUGUGUUAAUUGAGUUUCUUAAUAUAAUUUUUUUUACAUAAUUA